UUUUUGAAACAGUUUAUUAUUUAUUUUAUUAACUAUAUUAUAUAUUUUAGUUUAUUUAAUAAUUAAAUUCAUUUAUCUUUAGGAAUUAUUUUGUAAAUAAUUUAUAUGCUUAUAAUGGGACAAGUUUAGUAAGUAAUUUAACUAAUAAUAGUAAUAAGAGGAAAUAUACUCACAUAUAUGUAAGAAGGGGGAAAAGGGAAAAAUAAAAACAAGAAAAGAAAAAGGAAAGAAAAAAAAAUAAAAAAACAAAAAGAACAACAUUCAUAAACGGUGCUUCACCACCGUUCAACAUCUUCACCACCUUCACCAUCUUCACCAUCUUCACCAUCUUCUUCUCUCAAAAUCUUUAACAUUCUCCCUUCAUCACACAACCACCACCGUGCCGAUGACACAACCACAACCGCCAUUAGAGGUGACACCAUAGAAGUAGGCGGCGCAAGGAAGAAAAGGGGGGUCGUCGUUGCUGUAAUUUGGAGCAUUUGGUGAUCGAAUUAGGGGCGUUUGCAAGUUAUUUCUCAUCCCCAAUCUUCUAUAUUAGUGGAUUCCGGUUUCAUUGAGGAGCCGUAUUGACUGAGCUAGUUGGUUUGAUAUAGUUUAAAAGGUACAUGAAGGCUUAGAGUCGGGGUAUGGGCGGAGAGCAACGUCCACUAGUUUUGUGUAAAUAUAGUUAUAAUAGUUUUGUUCUGGUGCAUUUCUUAUAUAUAAUCAAUAUUUUGAGACUUAGGGUUGUAAAUAUUAAUCCACCUAAAUCUUUAUUCGGUCGGGUUGUAAUAGUUUAAAAUAAGCUUUAAAUUAGUUUUGGUGCAGGUAGUUCUUCCUUAGCGAUUAUUCUCGUAAUAAUCGUGGAAUAACACGUUUGGAUUUCGAGUAGUUAUACAGGAAUUUCAUUGGUAUUUGAAGUAGGUGGAGUUGUUGGGAAUUUGGAUUUUGGAUUGCUGAUUUGUUGAAACAGGUUUAAAAUUCGAACGCCAGUCCUAAAUUAAAUUUUAGGCAGUCCAUUUUUCAAACGGAACUCUGCCGAAUUUUCUAUAGAAUUUUAAUAUUAUUUAAUUUAAUGAAUCACUCGAAAUUCAGGGGUGUUAUAGUUGGUAUCAGAGCCUAGGUUAAUAAAGGACUGGGUUAAGUUAGAGAUGAUAGGAAACUAAAAUUUUGACAAGCCGAGGUGAGAAAGUGAGAUGGGUUAUACACGGGAAGUGUAUAUUCUGUGUUGUUUAUAUGCUUAUAUUAAUUAUGUGAUUGUUUUUGUAUAUCGUGAUUUAGAGUUAAUAUUCUUUUAUGACAAUCAAUGUGUUAUACUCGUGUUUUAUCGAGAUUCAAGUUCUUUUACCUUAUGUAGUGCUUACAAGAUGCACAAGCGCGAAAGAAGUAAAUCAUCAGAGAUGCGCGCUUUGAUGCGCCAGAUGGCCGAGUCUAAUAAGGCCAUGACUGAGGCUGUGCAAUUGCUAGCGGAAGCACGAGCUGCUACUAUUAGCACUAGCAAAGUAGCUAUCACUGAAGUUGCUGCUGUGCAUAAAGCAAUUGACGGGAAGAAGCUGCCUAAGUAUGAUGGAAAAGGCGACCCCGUGAAGAUGGAGAAUUGGAUUAGAGAGUUUGACAAGAUCUUCGUCACUCUCCAGGUCCCUGAAGAGAUGAGAGUAGACUCCGCAGCCUACCAUCUCACUGAAGAUGCUGAUAUCUGGUGGACAAACAACAAAGAUAAUUUUACCACCAAAGUCACAUACGAUGAGGAUGGUUUUGAGGAGGUGGAGACAAAGGAAUUUGGUUGCAAAGAGUUCAAGAAGGCGCUACGUGCUGAGUUCUUCCCACCUCAUAUGAGGAAAAGGAAGAGAUCUGAAUUUGAACAUUUGGAGCAAGGAGAUAUGUCUGUCCAACACUUUUAUACUAAAUACCUUGAGUUGUCUCGUUUCGUUCCUGAAUUGGUCCCAAAUGAACAAGAAAGAGCUCAGAGGUUCGAAGAAAAACUUGAUCUUGAACUUCUUAGCAAUAUGGGAGCGGCCGACUUCACGACCUUGAACGAAGUUUAUACUCGUGCUAGCAAUGCCGAGAGAAUCAAGGAGAGAAGGAAAGCUGGAGAAAAGAUGAAAGCUCCUACAAAAGAAAGUACCCAACAAUGGGAUAAGGGCAAUAAUUUAGUCAAAACAAGAGCAGAAACUUUGAUAAUCGGGGUCCUAGGGGUAACUUCAAUAGAGGAGGUCAGAGUCAACAAGCCUCAAGGAGUGCUCAGAGUUCGUUUCAGCCCCGUAGCCAAGCCUAGAGCCAAUCUCAAUCCCAAAACAACCCAGGACCUGUUCGUCGUUAUUUCUGUAAAAGAUGUGAAAACAAUCAUCCAGGGAGGGAUUGUGAAGGCAAUAAGGUGACGUGUAAUUAUUGCAAGAAGGAGGGGCAUAGAGCUUAUGAGUGUUUCACUAACCCUGAUGCUAAGAUUGGCCGCAAUUAUGAGGUGUUGAGGACACCCACUGCUAGUACAGCUAGUAAUCGCCCAACUACUUCUGCAGCUACAAAUCGUAGCGCAGGAACUACUAAUGCUGCUCGGGCUAAGAGAAGUCUUGAGAAAAAGAACAUGGGCAACCUUAAUCAUCUUAAGCAAGCAGAUGCAGAUGACCAGGGGAAUGUAGUGACCGAUACUUUAUCUAUUUUACACCUGCCUACGUACUAUUUGAUUCAGGUGCAUCACAUUCAUUUAUCUCUGAAACUUUUGCAAAAAGGUUAAACUUAGAAAGGGUCACACCUUGUGAGGCCGAUAUUUCCGUUCCUUGUGGUCUAAGUGUCACAUGUAAUAGGAUGUAUUUAGAUGUCCCUAUAGCUUAUGGUGAAACUACCUUAUUCGCUGACCUAAUAGUUUUUCCUUUGAAAGAUUUUGAUAUAAUACUGGGAUGGACUGGCUAGAAAAGUAUAAAGCCAAGAUAGACUGUCCGAAACAAAAAGUAACAAUAGAGAGUCAUAAGGGUGUUCAUGUGCUUUAUAGUCACGUCCAGUGAAGAUUAUUUCUGCUCUUAAUUGAAGUCUUAUUUAAGGAAGGGAUGCCCUAUGUACCUUUGCCAUAUUCAUGAUACUAGUAAGGAAAGACCACAGCUCGGAGAUGUCCCAGUUGUGAAUGAGUAUCAAGAUGUGUUUCCAGAUGAUAUUCUUAAUAUGCCUCCAAAGCGUGAUUUGGAAUUUAACAUCGAUUUGGU